AUGGAAAAAACAAGAAGAAUCAUCACACCAACUUUUCACUUUGAAAUUUUAGAACAAUUUAUUGACAUUUUUGAUUCAUGUUCUAGCGUUUUCGUAAAGAAAUUAAAAGAGAUACCCCAAGGAUCUAAAGUGGAUAUUUAUGAGCGAUCAGCUUUAUGUGCUUUAGAUGAUAUUAGUGAAACUGCGAUGGGGACUAAAGUUAAUGCACAAUUAAAUUCUGAAUCCAAAUAUGGUCAUGACACAACAGCUUUUGCAAUCGCAGCUACUUUAUAUUAUUUAAGUAUAAACCGACAAAUUCAGAGAAGCUUUAAGAUUGUAUCCAUCUGUACCAUUUUUUGGAAGGAAAGUUCUAAAAGAAACCAAAUUAGGUUUUUUGCAAUUUUCACAUGGGCUCUUCACAGAAACCCAAAACUUUAUCCUGACCCGGAAAAAUUUGACCCAGAAAGAUUUUCUCCUGAAAAUCAAACUAGUAGAGAUCCUUUCAGUUAUGUUCCAUUCAGUGCUGGACCAAGAAAUUGUGUUGGACAAAGAUUCGCAAUGUUAGAAAUGAAAUCAACCAUUUCAAAAGUAUCGAGACACUUUGAAGUUCUCGAAUCAGAAGGUUUUACUCCAGAAUGGUUGCCGGAUUUGAUUCUUAAACCAUAUAAUGGAUUAGAAGUUAAGCUAGCUUCUGGAAAUUAAUUAAUUGAUUAUGUGAAUCUACCUCUUAUUGUUAAAU